GUAGUUGAUAUUUGGCAUUAUAAAUAAAACAUAACUCAGAGCUUCCAGACUCUUAAGUCCCAGUCUUUAAUAACAGUUUGAUAUGCUGGUAGAAGAACGAUCAUAGAAAUACGAAUCCGAGUUUUACUUACACUGCGGGAACGACAAAUAUGAUUAUUACAAUAAAAUAUAACAUGAAAUAGGAUAAGAGUAAUCCAGCAUUAACUGAAAGGCCACAGGGAAGUCGAUUGAAGAUGCAAAGUGCAUACGAAUUGAAAGUGCAAUAACCGCUGCGUGAACUGCCCUGAAAGAAAGCAAACCUAUUAAGCACCUCGAAGAAAUAAAUAUAUUUUGCAUACACACAUACAUCCGCGUGUAUAUACAUAAGUCGAACAAGAAGAACUGAAGAAAUCAAACAGGAAUACCAAAAUGAUGAUUUUCUAUGUCAAAUACGCGUUCCUCUUUUGGCUGACGAUUGGCAGCAACCGCGGAGAGCUGCUGCUGAUGAGCCAGAUCUCGGAGGACGAGACACUGCUGAAGGUGUCCGCCUGCACCCAGCGUUGUCUGGAAGAAACAAAGAGCUUUCUCGAGUGCUUCAAGACGUGCAGGGAGCACGAGGACAGCGACUAUGCACCCGCAGCGCUGCGCAGAGUCCAGGAGAACUACCAACUGAAGAUGGUAUGCCGCACAGAGUCCAUGCUGGUCUUCCGCAUAGAUUGGGUGCAGCACAGUCGGUUGGAGCCGGGGCAGACACCAAACGCCACUUACAUAAUCAAGGUGAAUGCUGCCAGUGAGGACAUUGUGGAGUCGAAGCUGUUUCUGUCAGAUGACAACUUCCUGGUCCUGCACUCACUGAAAAACUACACUGACCACAACAUCACCGCUCUGGCUGUGCACAGCGAUGGCAGCUACUCCCUGAUAGCCAACGAGGAAACAUUUGGCACCCUAAAGCGUGGCUAUCAGCCCAGCAAGAUGGGUGCCGUUAAGUUGCGUGGAUUUCUUCAGCCGCAGGACGAUGGGCAACACAUUGCCGCCGAGAUCGAGUGGCAGCCGACUGCAGACCGCAACUGUUUCUUCGAUUUGGUGUAUUUUUCAACGCAAAGCGAGACCAUGGAUACGCCUAUGCAAGUGGAGUUUCGCGAUCCGCGUCAGCUGUACAGACACACCAUCGACAGCCUGGAGUUCGGAGAGAAGUACAUGGUGGGCGUGCGGACGGUGAACACACAGAGAAGGCUGGAGAGCGACCUGGAGUGGUUGGAGGUGCAGGCUCCAAACUGUCUGGACUGGCAUCACUUCAACUACACGCUCUGCGCACCCGCCAAACCGUCAAAUCUGUCCGUGACUCAGAAGCAGUAUCUAACGGACACCCUGGCACUAAAUGUCAGCUGGCUGCGGCCCAGCCACCUGCCCGAUUACUACACACUGCACAUCUUCGAUCUGCACCAGGAAAGCCAAGAGGCGAACUUCACAUUGGACGGAAAUGCGAGCUACUGCUUCAUUCCCAGUAUUAAGGUGCUAGGAUCCAGCUUUGAGGUGCACUUGGUGGCGCAUACGGCGGGCGGCCGGAAUGCCUCUGGGGUGUUGCUGGACAAGGCGCCUCGCGAAGAGUGGCUAAAGGAGGGACACCUGAUCAAGCUCAUCGCCUUUAUAAUUGUCCCCAUCUGCUGCCUCACCAUGCUGUGCUCUCUGACACGCUGCAGGCGCAGUCGGCAGGACGCUCAGGCCGUGGAUAUGGAGUCUAAGGAGAAGGCCAAUCAGAACGAUUUCCACCUCUCACUGAUAGACAGCAGCGGCCUGUUGGUCACCCUCUCGGCCAACGAGAGCUUUGACUUUGUGGAUGAUCUCGAGGUGGAGCCGCAUACUGUGCUCCUGAUGGAUGUCCUGGGCGAGGGUGCUUUUGGCCUGGUGCGACGCGGCGUGUACAAGAAGCGACAGGUGGCCGUCAAGCUGCUGAAAGAUGAGCCCAACGAAGAGGAUGUGUAUGCGUUCAAGUGUGAGAUUCAGAUGCUCAAGGCGGUGGGCAAGCAUCCCAACAUUGUGGGCAUAGUGGGCUACUCGACACGGUUCAGCAAUCGCAUGAUGCUGCUCAUCGAGUACUGCAGCCUCGGCAGCCUGCAAAACUUUCUGCGCGAGGAGUGGAAGUUUCGGCAGGAGCGCAGUGGAGUCCACCUGAAGCAGAAGCAGAAGCAAAAGCAAGAAUUGGAGAAGCGCAGACUGCAACGUUCGAGGCGUGGUCCCUCGCUGGAUCUAGAUCAGGAUCAGAACAUGCGCAUUGAGGAGAUCAACUGUUCCAUGCUGUCCACCGUAGAGGAGGAGUCCGACGCUGAUCAGACGCGCACCAGCAGCCGCGUGGAGACCUACUCUCUGGCUAGAUUUAGCCAUGCCGCAGACAACAAGUCCUAUGGACUCGAUGACAUUGAAAACAUUGGCAGUGGUCUGACCUUGCCAUCAGUCCUGAAAGUGUUGAAGCCCCAGCAGGUCGAUCCAGAUAAAGGGGAAGGGUUAGGAACUAAGCGUACCUUCGAGAACAAGGAAUACUUUGAUUCGCGCACAGACCCCAAGCUGAGUCCCGAACGAGCGCCACUGAAGUACGCGGAUUUGUUGGAUAUUGCCCAGCAGGUCGCCGUGGGCAUGGAGUUCCUUGCGCAGAAUAAAGUGGUCCACCGCGAUCUGGCAGCGCGCAAUGUGUUGAUCUCCCUGGACCGCAGCAUCAAGAUAGCCGACUUUGGGCUCAGUCGCGAUGUUUACCACGAGAACGUCUACCGCAAGACCGGAGGCAGCGGAAAGCUGCCCAUUAAGUGGCUGGCCCUGGAGUCACUCACCCACCAGGUGUACACCAGUCAGAGCGAUGUCUGGUCCUUUGGUGUGCUGCUCUAUGAGAUUACGACCCUCGGCGGAAUGCCCUAUCCAUCUGUGUCGCCAGGCGACCUGCUCCAGAUGCUGCGCCAAGGCCACCGCAUGAAGCGGCCGGAGGGCUGCACAGCCGAAACGUUCGCGCUGAUGGAGAGCUGCUGGAGCUCGAUACCCUCCCAUAGACCCACGUUCACAUGUCUCCAAGAGCGUCUGGGCGGCAUGAUUUUGGCCACCAACGAGAUGCCGCUUCGCCUGCAGAAGCAAGCAGAAGCCAAUUUGAAGUCCAAGACAGAGGCACAGCCCCAGCCAGAGCCUUGCAGCAAAGGGGAGCAGGAGGAGGAGCAGCAGCAGCAGAGCCAAGCAGGAAGAGACUUACUUGGAGCCUUUGCAUUAGUGGGAUAACCGACAGACGAAAUGGAGUUCAUUAAGUACGCAAAUUAAUGCGUUUAAUGUGCAAUAUGAUAGAUUCGAAUCAAAUACAGACAACGCUGGGAAGCAGCUACAAGUAGAUUACCAUUUCUUUGAAAUAAACACUGAAAACAGAUUC